AAAAAUUAGUGAAUUAAAUGUUAGUAGUUGUAGUAGCAGAGAAUUUCAAAAUUCAUGGACUGAAGAUUAUGGUAUGGUUAAAAAAGGCGAUAAAGCAGUAUGUAUUUUAUGUUCAACCACAAUAGUAUGUAGAACAUCAUCUGUUAAACGACAUUAUGAAACUAAUCAUAAUUUUCUUUUGAAAAAAAUAAAAGAAGAACAAAAAGAGUAUAUUCUACAAGCAAUUAAGAACAACAAUUUGCAGACAAAUACCUUAAUGAAGUUUGUGGGUAGCAAUUCAAAUAUUGUUGCCGCAAGUUUUGUUGUAUCAAAUGUUAUUGCAAAACGCAGAAAGCCCUUUUGCGAUGGAGAAUAUAUUAAAGAUUUGAUGCUGGAAACUACACCAUUUCUAUUUGAAGAUUUUUCUAAUAAAGAUAAAAUUAUGCAASGCAUAAAGGAUUUACCAAUAACCAGAAAUACUGUAAAAGAUCGGAUUUUAAAAAUUGCAGAAAAUAUCACAAAUCAACWAAUUGCAGAUUUUAAGUUGUGCAAUGUAUUUUCAAUUUGUCUUGACGAGAGCACUGAUAUUACUGGUUCAGCUCGAUUGUCUAUAUUUAUUAGAUAUUUUGUUGGUAGUGAAAUUAAAGAAGAGAUGGUUAAAUUAGUCUCAUUGCAAGAAACAACAAAAGGAACUGAUAUUUGCAAAGCAGUUGUAAAUACUCUUUCUGAGGCAAAUGUGGAUUUUUCAAGAAUUGUUUCUGUUACCACUGAUGGCGCACCUAGCAUGACUGGUAGAGAAUUAGGGUUUAUUAAUUUAUUUACUAAACAUGUGGGACAUCCCCUGCUAAGUUUUCACUGUAUUAUACACCAAGAGGCAUUGUGUGCAAAAAAUACUUUUAAAUCAUUUGAUGCUAUAAUAAAACUAGUAACUAAAAUAGUGAAUUUCAUUACUGCGCGAGGCUUGAAUAAAAGAAAAUUUGAAAAUCUAUUAAAAGAAGUAAACUCGGUAUACAGAGGUUUAGUUAUGUUUAAUAAUGUUCGCUGGCUUAGUCGUGGCAAUGUUCUCCAAAGGUUUAUUGAAUGCUUUGACGAAAUUAAGAUGUUUUUGGAUGAGCAAAAUCAAAUACAUGAAGAAUUAUCUGACUUGGAGUGGAUAGCCAGAUUGAUGUUCUUUGCAGAUUUCACCCAGCAUUUAAAUGAAUUGAAUAUUAAACUACAAGGUAAUAAUAAAAUAAUCACUUGUAUGUUUGAUAUGAUACAAGCAUUUCAGUAUAUUUCGGAAUUGGAAAUUUUCAAUAAACCUGAUAUUACUCAUCUUAUCCAAGAAUUUUUAAAUAUUAUUGGGACAGCUAUGAACGAGUUCUCUGCACGCUUUACUCAGUUUAAAGAAUUUGAAGAAACCAUGAAAAUUAUUGUUUAUCCAGACACAUUGCCAUUAGAAAAACUCAACUUAAAAGUGUUAGAAUGGUUGAAUUUAGAUGAUUUUGAAAUGCAGCUUGUAGAUUUUCAGUCAAGUACCAUAUGGAAAGAAAAAUUCGUUAUACUGAGAAAUGAGUUAGAAGAAAUUCAGCGUGAUAGGGCGAUAGGCAAAUCGGUCGUAAACAUAGGGGACAAGAUUUUGAAAGUGUGGAAUUGA